GAUCACUCCUGUUGUUGUUUGUCUACUUGCAGUUGUCUGGACAGAGGAUCCACAAAAGAGGUCUAACCUGUGAAAAUGCCAAAAUCAGUAGGGUAUCAGGAGCUGGAAGUGGUGUGAACCUGUUCAAACAUGGAGCGCUGGGACUCGCUGGGAUUUUUGAUUGUCACACUCAACUAUAAUGUGACCAUUGUAGGCAAGAUCUGGCUGAUGUUAGCAAUUCUGCUGCGAAUGGCAGUGGUAGUGUUAGCAGGCUAUCCACUCUACCAAGACGAGCAGGAGCGCUUCGUCUGCAACACCCUGCAACCAGGAUGCUCCAACGUUUGCUAUGACUUGUUCUCUCCCGUAUCUCACUUCAGAUUCUGGCUCAUCCAGACUCUGUCUAUCCUGCUGCCUUCUGCUGCAUUCAGCAUUUAUGUUUUGCACAAGGCAGCUACGUACAUUGUAAGAAUGCACUGUGUGGUGCACGGAUGGAAAGGGAAUAAGGGUUUAUCAAGCCCCAAAGACCUGAAGGAACUCUGUAGAAGCGCUUCUGUCAAUAGAUUAGGUUGUGGUGCCAACAACCUAAGUGUUCCUAAUUUUUCUGGUGCAUAUACUGUUCAUCUUUUCCUUAGGACACUACUUGAGGCUGCCUUUGCAGCUGUGCAAUAUUUUCUUUUUGGGUUUUUUGUUCCUGAGCGCUUUUCCUGCUACCAUUCACCUUGUACAAGCACAGUUGACUGUUAUAUCUCCCGGCCCACUGAAAAAUCCAUCAUGAUGAUUUUCAUCUGGGGGGUCAGCAGUCUGUCCUUCCUGCUUAGCCUUGCUGAUCUUCUCUGUGCUCUCCGGAGAAUGACAGCAAGAAACCAAAAGAACAAGCUGCUGUCAAACCUCCAUGUAGAGAACGAGUGCAUCUUAGAUCUUCUCCCAGAACAGCCUGGUAGCUCUUCUCCACCUCAAAAUCAGAAUUUUCCAGUAUCAAAUAGCAGACAGGCCAGUGAUGGCUCCUGCUCCCUUCUCUCUGAGGAGGAAGAUGAGGCUGUUCUUCAUCCUGAAGUGGUCUCUCAGCAAACUGCCAGCACUAACCUUAACAGCAACAGCAAUAAGCCCUGUCUAUCAGGAGAUCUUGCUGUUAAGCAAGAUGGCACUGAAGAACCCUUGUGGGCUGGUGACCACCAAGGAACUACAUGCAGGCAAAUGAGACCCAGGCUUCAGCAAGACUUCAUUAAAGAUACUGCUCUGACUUUGGGACCCCAGAUCAAGUCUCACCUUGGCGUUUCUUCCUCUCUGGUUCAGAGCAAGCUUUUAGGAUACUGCCCUUCAGCUGAGCUAAAACCCCCUGAUGCACAAUCUAAUUAUAGCAGUAGUAGUUGCUUGAGGUCAAAAAAGUCAGAAUGGGUAUAGAGCCCUGAGUGUGCUCUACUCAUUGACCUUGGCAGGACACCUCAUUGCGUCACUGAGGAGGUUUCAGAUAGUGUCAGCUGGAUCCCUCAGCUGAGGUUAUGCUGCAGAAACACUAUUAUGAUGUGUUUUUCCAUUGAAGAGGAAGGAAAAACCUCAGAUAAGAGUUUGAAGCCUAUUACAUUCAGGAAACUGUUCUUUGGAAAACGUAACAUCUUUAUGAUAUUCUGAGUGUGACUUUAAAAAUCUGUGGAUUGUUGCUGAUGUGACUGACCUGGUUUUCCAGGAGUACGUGUGAAUGCUUGUUUACCCUAACCUAGUUUUAUUGCAAAAGAUUGAGCUUAGGAAAGACGUGACUUUUAAACGCAGUUGUACAUUGUCUACUGCCAGAAGGUUAAUUUAUCUCCUCAUCUACAUUCUCUAAGCCCACUCUAAGAAAGGAUAUUCAAGCAAGAAGAGUAGACAAUGAAUAAAAUAAAAAUAUAUGUUUUGUAGCAAGGUGUUAAUGUGUAAAAAACCCCUUGGAACCUACUGAUUGAAGGCUACACCUAUCCUAGCUAGCAGCACCAUGGCAGUACCUUUCUCAGACCCUGAGGUCAACUGGCACAGUCUGACCACAUCUGAAUUAUUCAACUCCAUUAACCUCCAAACCAGGGUGACUGUAUCCAUAUUAGCUGUUGGGAAUGGUCCUGUGCUUGAGAAUUGCUCGGGAAAAGACUAGGAGGUGUGGGUCAGGUGUGAGGGAGUGCUCCAGCAGCUUGGCAGUGCCGGGGGCUGAGCCCCAGUGCCCGUGCCCUGGCACUACUGACUGUGCACCAGUGCAGAUGUACUACUGACAGGUCUUAUAAGGUCUUGUGUCUCAAUCUGAAAUAGUCACACUAGACUCUUGGUUUCAGUAGGGGGAAUGAGUCAGCUGACCUGGUUUGGGCACCUCUGAAGGCAAGAUGAGUCACUUUCUACCUAUUUCUCCCACAGUGUGAUUAUCUCAGACCUGGGCUUUGGGAAAACGGUUUCUACUCUGAGAGAAGGAUAUAGUGGCAAUGUCUAUAUCAAAGUGCUCACCUUCUUUGUCUGACAGACUUUUAAUGCUAAUAAUUUGAAAAUGUGUCUAAAUUGAGUGAAUCACAGAAGAUUUUAUUACUGUCAUGCUUUGUACUUCAGUAUUAAUUCUGUUGCAUUUACAUAAGCGUGGUCCAGCACCGAAGCACAGCGGUGCCUGAGCUGGAUUUUCUUUUAGCUACAAGUAAGUGGGGGUUGGAGGUUGCAUGUACCUGCAGAUCACCAGUGGGAGUGGAUGUGGAGGAGCAUGUACUCAGAGAAAGGUACUGGUGGUAGUGUCGUACAAAACAGAUUAUUCAGAGGGUGGCAAGAGCUGGUAUUUGUAGAUGCUGCUUGAAGCUGGAGUAGCUCCCUCUCCACUUAGACCUAUGCAAAGGGGUAAAGAGGCACAGAUCCAGUCUUGCUCUUGCUGUGCCACGUAACAUGCUUCUGAAAUACCUUAAUGACUAGUUCCUCUGUGCAGACUAUCAAGGGACAACAGCUUUCACGUUGUUCUUUUUCUGUCCUGUGGGUGCAGAUGUCUUUAAGACAAUUUGGCUCAUAAUGUCUGUGUAUCAUUUCUCACAUAUGCAAGGUAAAGCCUGGUCACAGCCCACUCAGAAAGGAGGGAGGGUAAGUGACUCAGAUUCAUAAAUCCCCAGUGGUGCGGAAUAAGGUGAGACAAAUCUCAAAAUCCAUAUACAAACAUUUAUGAGGUUAGUAACCAGCACUUAACUAUCCCUCAUCUUCUGCAUCCCUUAAAAAAUUAGGUAGCUUAAUAGAUGGACAGAAACGCUCUUUGGGUCAGGAGGCAGAAUUUACUUCUGCUUGUGAAGUACUUUGGGGUCCUGAGGUAUGCUACAGAGGCUUUUAAUGACUAGCUUCUAAGUAAAGUUUUCCUCUCUAUUAGCUGUGUUUGUUUUUUUUUUUUUCAUGUGUGCUUGUUGUAUGAUUUGUCAUUUCCAGGGUAGGAGCAGCAUUAAUUAUUAAACUUAU